AUGGCACUUCAACAAGAAUACUUUUCCAUCCCGCCGAUUACACGCGCCUAUACGACAGCUUGUCUUCUAACGACUAUCGCAGUUCAAUUAGAUUUUGUAACGGCUUAUCAAUUGUACUUUAAUCCUGAAUUAAUUUUUAAAAAGUUUCAAUUAUGGAGAUUAAUAACUUGCUUUUGCUUUUAUGGUGGAAUGGGCUUCAAUUUUUUCUUUAAUUUGCUAUUCACUUAUCGAUAUUGCCGUCAUCUCGAAGAAGGUUCGUUCCGCGGACGUGCAGCAGAUUUCUUGUAUAUGUUCUUAUUCGGUGGCGUCUUGAUGAUAAUCAUGGCCUUAUUUAUCAACAUUGUCUUUCUUGGCUCAGCAUUAACAAUCAUGUUAGUUUAUGUUUGGAGUCGGCGAAAUCCGUUCGUUAGAAUGAAUUUCUUUGGUUUACUCAAUUUUCAAGCUCCGUAUUUACCAUGGGUGCUCUUCGCCUUCUCACUUUUACUUGGAAAUUCAGUUAUUGUGGAUAUUAUGGGUAUUAUUGUUGGUCAUGUAUAUUAUUUUCUCGAGGAUAUAUUUCCGCGUCAACAGGGAGGCUUUCGCGUCUUAAAAACACCUCGUUUCUUACAGUGGUUAUUUCAUGAAACAUCUCGUCGUGCGGAUGAAAAUGAAGCGCGUCCUAAUGAAGGAAACAAUGUACCAUUUGGUGCUGGUGGUUUUCAUUGGCAGUGA